AACACACCCAUCCAACGGGUUCACCCGUUCACCUGUCACAAGAGUAUCACGCUCUCACGUGGUCACGCCUCGUCACAUUAGAGCAUCAAGCAUCGGGUCAUUACGUCGGACGCAAACGAGUUCAUAGUCUGUGUAUCAUAACACUCGUCCUCAGGUGUACCCACCGCUGCGCACUAAGGCUUGGCGUGCCCUCCAAAGUGUGUUAGAUUAGGAAGGACGAACGAAGCAUCCACUCUGACAUUCUCGCACGUCAAACAAUCAAAAGCCCACACCAAGCGCAGCAAACACACCACAAGUCGACAUGGGCAAGCGGUCAACAGUAUGCAAGUUUCCAGUGGCACGGAUAAAGAAAAUCAUGCAGGCCGAUGAGGACGUUGGCAAAGUUGCUGCCGCCACACCUGUGGCUGUCUGCAAAGCCCUGGAACUUUUCAUGGAGAACAUCAUGGAGGAGGCAGUGAAAGAAGCGCGAUCAAAAGGCUCGAAAAAAGUCACUGCAUACCAUCUAAAACGGACAGUUCACCGAAACGAAACGUUCGACUUUCUGAAAGAGAUCGUCUCCAAGGUCGCCGAUCCAACGGAAACCACGACUGAAGGUGACACGCGUGGCGGAAAGCGGCGGAAAACUUCGAACACUGUAGGCAAGGCGACUGUUGGGCCAAGCGGAUCAACAAGUGCCUCUGGCGGAGCAUCUACCGCUGGGGAUGAAGGAGACGAUGAUGACGAUGAUGACGACUGAAACACCGUCUACCAACACAAAAUAAUUUGUAUUUUUACGGCAUUGUACUUUUUGGGAUAGCAAGCUUUCCCGAUGGCACG